CUUUCACCCUUCCUGCCACACAUCAGUCUCACCAGUGGCAGCAUUUGCAGCAGCAGUAGUUGCAGUCAUGCAGCACUGCUACUGCUCACCUUGCAGUCAAGAACCACCGCACCACCAAAUAUAUAUGUAUAUAAAAACACCUUUACUAUAUCUAUUUAUUAUAAUUACUGAAGUUUUUUUUUUUUUGUAUGUGUGUGUGUGUGUUUUUAAUUGUAAUUUCUUAAUUAAAGGUAAUAAAAAGGCUUGAUUUGAUUUGUUAGACAAAAUAGACUAAAACCCAUCACCCCUCUCUUUAAAAAAAAUGUGUUUUUUGAGGUCUUGACUUAAUUUCUCUGUUCUUCUUUUUGCAAUGCCAAAAGACCAUUUCUUUCUAAGCUCUGAAAAUGCAGUCAUGAAAAACCCUCUUCUUCAUAUCUCACUACUUAACGUUUCCAGGAAAAUCAUUUCUUUCUAAGCUUUUAUUUUUAAAUACCAAUGGGGGGAUUAAUCGAUCUGAACUCUACGGAAGACGAUGAAACUCCAUUAUCUGGUUCUUUGUCUCCAUCUUCAUCUUCAGCUUCAGUGUUAAGUGCCCCUGGUUCUGGUUCUUCUGUUUGUUUAGAACUUUGGCAUGCGUGUGCUGGUCCCCUUAUAUCUUUGCCAAAAAGAGGAAAUGUAGUGGUGUACUUCCCUCAAGGCCACUUGGAACAAGUUUCCGAUUUUUCCGGUGUAGCUGCAGCUUAUGAUCUCCCUUCCCACGUGUUUUGUCGGGUUGUUGAUGUCAAGCUCCAUGCUGAGGGUGCCACAGAUGAGGUUUACGCCCAAGUUUCAUUGGUUCCUGAAACUGAGCAAUCUGAGCAAAAGUUGGAGGGAGGGAAGACUGAGGCAGAUGGGGAAGAGGAGGAUGCUGAAACCAAUAUCAAGUCAACCACGCCCCAUAUGUUCUGCAAGACACUAACCGCUUCCGAUACCAGCACGCAUGGUGGCUUCUCUGUUCCUCGUCGAGCUGCCGAGGACUGCUUUCCUCCCUUGGACUAUAAUCAGCAAAGGCCCUCACAAGAGCUUGUUGCAAAAGACCUGCAUGGUUCUGAAUGGAGAUUUCGACACAUCUAUAGGGGUCAACCACGGAGACAUUUGCUGACUUCCGGAUGGAGUGCUUUUGUAAAUAAGAAGAAGCUUGUCUCUGGAGAUGCGGUGCUUUUUCUGAGGGGUGAAGAUGGAGAACUGAGGCUUGGAGUCCGAAGAGCUGCUCAAAUUAAAGAUGGCUCUUCUUUUCCAUCUUCUUGCAGCCAGCAGUUGAAUUGCAGCAAUUUUGCAGAUGUGGUUCAUGCUGUUUCUAUGAAAAGUGUAUUCAGCAUUUACUACAAUCCAAGGGCCAGUUCAUCGGACUUCGUAAUACCCGUGCAUAAAUUCUGGAAGUGUCUUGAUCCCUCAUUUUCUAUUGGAAUGAGGUUCAAAAUGCAAUUUGAAGCUGAAGAUGCAGCAGAAAGAAGACACUCAGGAGUAAUAACUGGAAUUAGUGAUAUAAAUCCUGUUCGAUGGCCUGGUUCAAAAUGGAGAUGUUUGAUGGUAAGGUGGAAUGAUAUUGAUGCCAACAGGCAUGGUAGGGUUUCUCCCUGGGAAAUUGAGCCAUCUGGUUCAGUUUCCGGUUCUAACAGCUUGAUCUCUCCUGGUUCAAAAAGGAACCGAGUUGGAUUUCCUUCAGGAAAUUCUGAAUUUAUGGUUCCUGAUGGAAUUAGAGCAUCAGACUUCGGGGAGUUUUUGUGGUCCCAGGUAUUGCAAGUUCAAGAAAAUCUGGGUUUUAACACUCUUUAUGAUGGUUCUGAUAGUCUGAAUAUGCAUUGGUCUGAAAUAAGGCGUUGCAUUCCUGGUUCUAUUGGUUCUGAUUUUUCUGCAAUAGGAAAUAUUGGUAGAGGCUCACUGGUGAGUCCUGAUAUUUCCCGUAAAAGUGUAGGCUUUGGGGAAUCUUUCCGAUUCCGUAAGGUCUUGCAAGGUCAAGAAAUUUUUGUGUCCCCUCCAUAUAGAAACGGUUCAACUGCAGAUGAAAAUGAAGAAAAUGACGCUUUUGGUCUCCCUGAUGUUGGUCAGUUGUCGGGAACUAGAAGUGGAUGGUCUUCCUUGAUGCAGAGGUAUAAUACUCAUAGUCGUACACGACCAUUUGCACCAUCUACACAAACGUCCUCACCAUCUUCAGUGUUAACGUUCCUACAAGUGAGCAAUCCAAUUCUGAAUUUCAGUCCUAUCUAUAAUUCUAACAACCAAAAAAGGAAACAGGGAGUUAACAAACAGAGUUCUUUUCAUGCACCUGAAAUGUAUGAGGGAAAGCUAUUUCCAUCUUCAGCCAGUGAACAUGAUUCCCGUGCGAGGGAUCUUGGAAGCUCAGAUUUAUUCGGUCAUUCUAUUGGUUCUGUUCAACUUGGUGAUGCUUCACCUCUAGCAGCUCAACCAGUAUUCAGGACUAGUCAAGAAUUAGAUUCCUCCUGUAAAAGUAGCUGCAGACUUUUCGGUUUCUCCUUGACUGAGGGAAGACAUGAUGCUAGCAAGGAAGAAGACGUGGUACAAGCAACCUCAUCAUUGGCCGCUGGAGCGUUUUUACCUUGUGUUAGGGAAGAGUUUCACCCCAAGCCUUCGUCGGUGACGGACACAGUUGGAAGCAAUUAUACUGAAGCAAGCAAUCUCUAUUCUGUCAGAGAUAUGGUUUUAGAUAUUGCAUUGUAGACUAGUCGUGAAAGGCAGAUCCACAAAUGAGUUCCAUAGACAGGGAAAUAGAGCGUUUUACAAUCAAGUUGAAAACCUGGAAGCAUUAGAUUCCAGAGUGCCUUUGCUGUGGAUAAAGAGGUUUCAUACAACUUGAAGAGUGGUUGGUUGGAAAAAUGUUUCAUUCUUGUGGUAAGCUUUCAAGCUGUUGGCUGACUUUCAAGGUGUUGUUAUUAAAAUCGAGACUAUGUUUUGAGUCUCGACUUCUAUACUGAUGAAGAUGCUGCUGCAAGAAGAUGCCUAUAGUUGGUGAAGUGAUUGUGUAUUUUGAUUCUAUGAAUCUAGCGCUAUGACCUAAAAUUGAAAAUUUUUGUAAUUAUUUUAUUAAACCACUUGGAGUUUAUCUUAAAUUGCAAGUAUUAAGCUUUCUGAUGGUA